AUGAAGAGGUUCAUCGCUAUCACUUUCUUCGCCAUCCUCGCAGCCGCCUCCCCAGUGGCAUCGACUCCCCCCAAGGGCAUCUCCGACGCAGACAAGGCCUGCGGCGACCAAGUCGUCUCCUGCUGCAACCCUACGAACAAGGAAUCUAGCAGCGGUCUGAUCUCUGCCAUCGUCGGACCAAUCCUCGCCAAUGGCUGCGUUGGUGUCUCGGCCAAUGCUUUGAACAUCUUGAGCCCAAUCAUUGAUACAGCUGGCAUGUGCGGCUCCAACACGAUCCAGUGCUGCUCUGGAAAUAAGAACUCUGGACUCAUCGUUGUUGACCUCCAGUGCACUAGCUUGUAA